GACUAAAGAGCACGAAUCCCAUCCCAAUGAGUUCAGGCCACCCCCCGGUCUCGGAAACCCCCUGAGCUGCCUUUGGUUCACCCGAGGAGGCCAUUGGAGGAGAGGCGUCACGUGACCACGGGGUGCCAAUGUUAUUCUACAAGGGUGUCAAGACCCUGUCAGUUUCUGAAAUAAAUAUUGGGAAACGGCGAGAUGCAAAAGGCAACCUACUACGACAGCUCCGCAAUUUACAGUGGCUACCCAUAUCAAAGCGCAAAUGGCUUCAGUUAUGAUGCCAAUCAGGUCCAAUAUCCCCGGGUCUCUCAUGUGGAAAGUGAGUACCAUCGACCUGCCUGCUCCCUGCAGUCUCCUGGCGGCUCCGUGGCUCUGCAGAAGCCGGGAGAGAUGGCGGAGAGCUGCGACAGGACCACGGCCAUUCAGGCGGCGCAGUCCAAGGUCCUCCCGGAAAGCAAUCAACCAUCGGGCCCACCUCCUCCCUCACAGUCCCCCGGUGCUAACAGCCAAAAUGCAGGCAACGGGUCCAACCAGCCCGGCGUCAAGAACGGCUCCCCGACCUCUGGAGGUCGCAGCAAACAUAUCUUCCCCUGGAUGAAGGAGUCCCGUCAGAACACCAAGCAGAAACCCACCAGUAGCUCCAGCUCAGUGGAGAGUUGCCCCGGAGACAAGAGCCCCCCGGGGUCGGCAGCAUCAAAGAGAGCCCGGACAGCUUACACCAGCGCGCAGCUUGUGGAGCUGGAGAAGGAGUUCCACUUCAACCGGUACCUCUGCAGGCCCAGGAGGGUGGAGAUGGCCAACCUGCUCAACCUCACAGAGAGACAGAUCAAGAUCUGGUUCCAGAACCGCAGGAUGAAGUACAAAAAGGACCAGAAGGGCGUCGGGAUGAUGCCUUCUCCUGGUGGACAGUCCCCGCGGAGCCCCGUGGGCCCUGCCUCUGGUGGCGGCAGUGGGGGAGUCGGAUACCUCAGUUCUAUGCAUUCUUUGGUUAACAGCGUACCAUACGAAUCCCAGUCGCCGACCUCUUAUAAUAAACCUCAUCAAAACGCAUACGGUAUGGCUACGUCAUACCCCCCUCCUUUGAACAACUCACUGAACAACUGCCCGCCAUCCCAGAAGAGGUACCCCGGAACAGACUCGGCCACGCCCGAGUAUGACGCGCACCCUCUCCACGGCAAUGGCAACUAUGGGACGCACAUGCAAGGCAGCCCCGUCUAUGUCGGCGGAGGCUACAUGGACUCCAGCUCUGGCGCGUCCGUGUUCGGACUGACCCACCUCCCGCACCCGCCGUCCGCGAACAUGGAGUACAACGGAGCAAUCACAAUGGGCAACAGCCAGCACGGAGUGUGUGACCCCACUCCGACGUACACAGACCUAACGCCGCACUACUCUCAGGGAAGAAUCCAGGAAGCCCCCAAACUGACGCAUCUGUAGCAGUGGAUCACUCCGCCCCAUUGUCUCAUCCACCUCCAGACAUACUUCCUGCUUUGUUUCUGCGCCUCCUCACGGCUCCCACCUUCUCCUCUGCGCUCCUUUACGUUCCCUCUAUAGUUUGAUGUGUGAAGUAGCAGUAGGUUAAAUAAUCACGACUUUAUUGAAUUUUUUCUUCCAUUUGCUUGAUGUCAUUGUCUAACAAGGACCUUAAUCUAGAGAUAGCGAGAGGGAGGGGUGCACAGCUUAGUACGAAUAUUUAAUCUUUCCUUUUAAAACUCUUGUUUUAAGCUCAAACAGGGUAUUAUGAACACGUGUUAUUACUCUUUAAUGUGAAUUUGUCCGUCCUUUAUUUAUCCGCAGUUGAAGAAUUUUUUUUUUUUUUUUUUGCAUUUUGUUGCACUUGUGUAAAAGACCUCAAGAGCCACGAGAUCGUGAAGGGAGAGAUUUUUAUUCUCAAAAGAAAGAAGAAAACAAGGGUCCUGAGCUUUUACGCCACUUCCCUUGAUUUUGUGUUUUGUUCCGUUUGGACUCCAUGUUAUUUAUUUUGUUCGCUGUAAAAGGCAAAAAAGGACUCGUAUAGUAUUAUUUGACACCCCUCCAUCUUUGUGUGCGCGCGCGCGUGUGUGUUAGGGGGGAGAAGGUUGGUGGAAAAUUAGCGUAUCGGCCAUUUUCAGCUCAUAUAUGUGCGCUCUGGGGAGCAGCAGCAAAAAAAAAACAUGUCCCUAUUUUCUUUUCUUUUUUUUUCUCUUCUUCUUCGUGGAGGUGUUUUAUUUUCUCAGCGAUUGUUAAAAAAAAAAAUCAAUCAGUCAUGCAAUAAGAAGGACACACGUUUGCAGUUUUCUUUAUUGAAUAAAAGACAAACAUCCAUUUUUCCCCUUCUCCAUGUCAAACAUUCCACGCUGCUCCGGUUCCAAGACAUAAAUAAAAGAAUUGAAAUGAACGCACAUCUUUCAGUUUUAAUUUAGACUUGGCUGCAGCAUUUCACACAAAU